AUGCUCGAAUGCAAGUUAAUUGCCACACUUAUGGAGGCUAACGCCAGGCUAUGUUCGAAAGAAGGAAAAGACUUGGAAGAUGCAACUAUAUACCUACAAAUAGUUGGUAGUCUAAUCUACCUUACAUUAUCGCGACCAGAUAUAGCUUACGCAGUUGAAGCAGUACGUCGAAUACUGAGGUAUGUGAAGGGUACAAUAGACCUUGGUCUAUUGUACAAGAAAGGUGGAGCAUGCAAGAUAGUUGGGUACUGCGAUGCUGACUAUGGUGGUGAUCAUGACACACAACGAUCAACUACUGGAUACGUAUUCAACCUUGGCUCAGGAGCAAUCUCUUGGUGUAGCAAGAGACAACCUCCAGUAUCUUUAUCAACGACGGAGGCUGAAUACAGAGCAACGGCAAUGACAGCACAAGAAAGCACGUCUUAUGCAGUUAAUGAGGGAUCUUCAUCAACCAGAUGA